GCGGAUCGCGUGCGCAGCGCUAAACAAAAAUCCUUAAAAACGACACACACAAACACACACACACUCUGACGAUGUAUAUACACUCAUACGAAUGUUAAGCACGCGCGCGCAAAAGAAAACAUAAAAACGGAACAAAAAGAAGAACAAAAAAAUGCUUCAAAAUCCAAGUGAAAUGGUGCACAAAUGAAAAUAGCAAACGGAAAAGAAGAAGACAUCCAAAACACACACAACACAGAGAAAAUGAACAUAAAUUGAAGUGAAAUUAAAGUUGAAUUAAAAGGAAAAAUCAAUGUCGACGCACACACACAGAAUACACCUCUACAUACAAAUUAACGCACACGUGUGUUUCACAUACGCACACAUACAGACGCAGCCACUCACACAAACUAACACAGACACAUACUAACACAUACGCACUUGUGCUUGUUUAUGGCGGUGAAAGCCUUUCAAACAAAGUGAAAGUAACAAAAUUAGCAAAAGCAACACAAUAAGAACAGGAAGAAGAAGAACAACAACAACAAGAAAUAAAGUGAAAUUUUACGGUAUAGAAUUUUGUGAGAGAAGCAAAACUGCAAUAAAUUUUCUGCCAUAGCAUACUUUUGAGCUGAGUUCUAAAUUUUUAAUUUUACUCUAGCCGCCUGGCCCUUUGUUUUACCUCUAACUCUCUCUCUCUGUGUGUGUGUGUGCGUGCUUCUUGGCUUGUUUUCAAAGUCGGUCAGAAUUUAAAAAAGAAAAACAACAACAACAACAGCAACGGCAACACGGCCAAAAAGAAAAAGGCCAAAGCAAGAGGCAUGCAACAAAAAGUGGCGGCAAUAUCAGCCGUAGCCGCAGCCGUAUCCGUAGCAGCAGCAGCAGCAGCAGCAGCCGCCUGGACUACGACUACAAAAACGAGAUAAACACGCAAAACAAAGCGAACUGGGUCAAAGUGCGAGGCAAGACGAGAAACGCCAAAGGCGGCAAGGCGGUGGAGGUGGUUGGUGGUGGGCUGAUGGCGGCAUCUCUGCAGGUGCAGCGUACACAUCCUUAGCAUGUGAGCACAAAUAUGUAGCAUACUUAAUGGCGCAAAAACAAACGAACGACAACAAAAAGGUUUUGGGUGCGGCAACCAAACUAAAACUCUACGAAAUUCUAGAUUCAGACGGACUCUGAAAAACGGCAACGCUAUGAAAUCAGCAAUUGGAAUUGCAUUUGCCUUGGAACAGCCUGUUCUCAAAAAUAUCAAAAAUCUUUGAAUAAAGAUUAAAAGAUAAUGGGCUUCCGUUUUAUAACCUAGAAUCGAAAGAGUUUAAACUUUAACUGAAACUGGAACUGCAUUCGCAAUUGUCUGAUACUUAAUUAGAUAGAGCGGCAAGAAAAUAACGAAGCAAAUCAGUGAGAGGAUACAAAAAAGGGGGGGCUCCUUAAGUGGGCUCCGGGCUCUGGGUGGCCCAUAAAUUUAAACCAAACCCAACUACCCACACAUUGGUCUCUUGGUCAGUGGAAGAAGACGUGCAAAAGCAACGUGCUGGCCAAUUAGUUGGCUGCAACCGCCAACGGCUAUCAUUUUGGGGCCUCAAUUGAGCUCCUGCUCCCCCACAGAAUCAACCUCAACUGACUGCCUCACUGAUGACUGCCGCCAAAAGACGUGCGGGCAGUAGCACAAGCAGCAGCAGUAGCGGCAGCAAUGAGCAGCAGCCCCUGCAGCAGCAGCAGCAGCUACAACAGCAACAACACUAUCAAAAUGCCGAUCAGCAGUCGUCGCAGGCACAUGAAUACCAACAUCUGCUGCAGCAUCCUCAUCACCAUCUCAACCACUAUAGCAGCAGCAGCAACAAUGACCACCCACAGCAAUACCAUCAGAGACAUCAGCAACAGCAGCAACACCACCAGCAACAUCAGGCGACAUUGCGCGAUUGCUCUGUCAAAUUGCCGCUGGAUAUUCUAUGGCUACCCAAAUCGGCCAUGCGUCCAGUGGGUCCUGACACAUCGCACACGGAUUGCAUACUUGUUGUUGGUGUCUCCCGUCCAAAGUUGGCCGUUGUCUUUCUAACGGUUAUGCUGAUCUCACUGUUUCUCACCUUUCAUGUGCUGUACGAUAGUGCCGUCUACAAUAUACAGGCAGCACAGGCGGUACAUGAGAGACAUCGCCUCUCGUUGGCCGCCUCGGCAUCAGCCUUGGCCUCACCGGCUUCGUCGUCGACGGGCCUGUCUUCGAAUCAUUUGCCUGUGUUUGUGAAACCUGUCACCAGUUCGAAUCAACUGAGCCAUCCCAUGGUAUUCCCUUCGAGUCGUGUGCAUUUUCCUAAAACAUCUCGUCGUUUGCCUCAGGCCCUCAUAAUUGGUGUGCGAAAAUGUGGAACUAGGGCCCUACUCGAAAUGUUGUAUUUACAUCCGCGCAUCCAAAAGGCUGGUGGUGAAGUGCACUUUUUCGACCGAGACGAAAACUAUCUAAAAGGUCUAGAAUGGUAUCGCAAAAAGAUGCCCCACUCGUUUCGUGGCCAAAUAACCAUUGAGAAAAGUCCCAGCUACUUUGUAUCCCCAGAGGUGCCGGAACGAGUACGAGCCAUGAAUGCUAGCAUCAAACUGCUGCUGAUUGUGCGUGAACCUGUGACCAGGGCCAUAUCCGACUAUACACAAUUACGUAGCCAUGCGGCAACAGCCAUUUUACCAUUGGCCGAGAGUUCUGGUGGUGGCGGUGGUGGUGGAGCAUCAGCAGCAGGAGCAGCAGCAGCAGCAGCACAAAAGAUGCCAUCACAAUCUUUGCUCUAUGCCAAACUUCAGGCAGCUCAUGGCUAUGACAAUACUUUGGGUGGCAGUGGGGCCGGUGCCAAGGAGACAAAGAUGAUAAGCAACACAAGAAGGGUGGCCCCAAUGAUGAUGACAACCACGACGACAACGCCAACGCCAAAUGCCGCCCAAUUGGCUGCCAAGUCCUUUGAGGAACUGGCCAUAUUUCCCAAUGGCACUGUUAACGAAGCAUAUCGACCCCUUAGUAUAUCCAUGUAUCAUGUGCAUUUGCAUCGUUGGUUGGAGGUUUUUCCACGCGAGCAAUUGCUGGUGGUCAAUGGAGAUCGUCUAAUCGAGGAUCCCGUUUCACAGCUCAAACGUAUUGAGGCCUUUCUGGGCAUCGAGCAUCGUGUUAGAAGCGAACACUUUUAUUUCAAUGAGACAAAGGGCUUCUAUUGCCUGCGCUAUGACAAUGGAGAUCGCUGCCUGCGUGAGACCAAAGGACGAAAACAUCCGCAUGUCGAUCCCAUUGUAGUCUCCAGAUUACGCAAAUUUUUUGCUGAAUACAAUCAACGUUUCUAUGAACUAGUUGGUGAAGAUCUGGGCUGGCCGGAAGAGUAGAAACUCAAUACAAAACUAACAUCAUCAUGCGCUGCGGUUUUUGCAAUUGAGAAAUAUGGACUGAUGGUUAAAUAUGAUAAAGCGCAACAACAGAAAACAGGCAAAAACUCCCACAAUUUGGGCCUCAACUUGCUAUUGGUUAUUGGUAUUUGUUUUCUCAAUGUGCAAUGUGCGGCUAAGUGGGUAG